CCAUCAGACACUAAACUGAUGACGUGGUUCGGUCCGUUGACCAGAGCAGCAGUAUGGCCGACCAGAGCAGGCAAAUAAAACUCGCUGCGGCUAAGAAAAAGCUGAAGGAGUUUCAGCAGAAGAGCUCCCCUGCUAGUGUGGGAGGAGAAAAGGGUGGAGGAGGAGGUGGCGGAGCAGGGGCCAAGAAGAAGAGGAAGGUGAAGGGACUGAGCCAACACGAUGCACCUUCAACAGACAGAAACUCUCCAGACAAUUUUGAAAGAAUUCUGAAAACACUUAGUCAAAGCAAUGGAGUAGUCCUACCUCCUUAUAGCAACAGUCAGACCUUUGCUGAUGUGGGGGCCAUCGGGUCUUCAGUUCCCCAGCUGCUGGAGGACCCAAAGGGCGAGCUCGGUCACGGCUCCCCUGUGUCUAACACCGCUAGCGCUAACACUGCUACUAACUCUGAGUCUGUCGGUCACAACACUGACCUGCAGGACUAUCCCGAUACCAACGGCAAUGAGAGUUUAACAGAAGAAGAUAGACCACUCUCUUCCACAGAGAGCCUGCGACAGCUCUCACAGCAACUGAACGGCCUGGUCUCUGAGUCAUCUGCUGCUUAUGUGAAUGGGGACAGUCCACCUUUAGUUGGUGAGAGAGAUAUGGAGGGUCGGAACCAGGAGCUGGCAGCCGCCCUGGAGUCCAGCAACCUAACAAACUCUCAGCUAAAUACCAAGCUAGACCAGCUGGCACAGCAAUCUCAGGGGCUCUCCGAUCAGCUACAAAAGGAGCGAAAAGAUUUCGAACAGAGAUUUUCAAAAGAGCAGGGAGCCAUGCGGGAGCAAUUACAGGUUCACAUCCAGACCAUUGGUAUACUGGUAUCAGAGAAGUCAGAGCUACAAACAGCACUACAAUACACACAACAUGCUGCACGGCAGAAAACAGCUGAGGCAGAGGAGUUGAAUAACCGUCUGCAGGCAACCAAGCAGAGAGUGUCAGAGCUGGAGAGAACUCUCUCCUCUGUCUCAACACAGCAGAAACAGUUUGAAAAGCACAACAAAGAGUUUGAAAAGGAGAGAGACAACCUUAGGCUAGAGGUGUUUAGACUAAACAAUUUGAGUGAGGAGUCGAAGCAGCAGAGCUCAGAGCUGUCAGAGCAGUUAAAGCGGAGUACACAGGAGAAUGGAGCAAUGAGGCUGGAGGUGGAAGAUCUUCGCAAGAGACUCGAGAUAGCUGACCUCAUGUUGCAACAGUGCUCCAGUCAGUCAGAUCCCACGAGUGCCAACCAGCAGGUCCAGUUACUGCUCGGAGAGAAGCAGCAGCUGGAGGCACACAAUCACCAGCUGAUGGAGUCGAUUGCCCAGCUGCAGACAGAGAGGGACUGCUAUGCAGAGCAGAUCCAGGAGGAGGGCCAUCUAUGGAAGGACAAAACAGAACAGCUGCUAACACAGGUGUCUUUGGUUGCAGAGGAGAGGGACAGAAACAUCAGCCGAGUCCAAGAACUGGAAGCCAGCAUCACAGAGCUUCAAAAUGCUGCAGCGUUGUUGUCCCAGGAGAAAGAGGCCCGGGAUAAUGCAGAGCCUCAGUCCUCAGGGCCAUCAGAGAGUGAGGUGGCACUUCAGGAGGCCCUCAACACUCUACAUCAGGAAAAAGAGGCUCUUACCGCACAGUUCCAGGCACAGCUGAGAGAUAACGAGCAGCUGAGCCGCCUGUGUUCAGAGCAGGAGACGCGUCUCGGGGAGAUGGAGCGCCAGUUGGAGAGCCAAGUCCAGGAGGAAGGGGACCGCCGGCGCAUGUUGGAGGAUGUUCAGUCGGACAAGGCCACUAUUAGCCGUGCUCUCACCCAGAACCGUGCACUGAAGGACCAGCUGGCUGAGUUACAGAAUGGUUUUGUCAAACUGACUAAUGAGAACAUGGAGCUGACCACUGCCAUCCAGUCAGAGCAACAUGUGAAAAAGGAGCUGGCUCGCAGAAUGGGUGAACUGCAAGAAGAACUGCACAACGUCAAGGAGCAGCUGGAACUGAAAAGUAAUGACACUCAGGGUCUGAUGGAGCAGAGGGACCAGGUAGUGGCCCACCUGCAGCAGUACUGUGCUGGCUACCAGGCUCUGGUCUCAGAGAGGGAACAGAUCCACCACCAGUAUCUGCAGCAGAUCCAGCUCAUGGACCGGCUGCAGCACGAUGAAAGCCAGGGCCGUGUGCAACUGGAGAUCAGUCACAAUCAGCUCAAGCAAGCGCAGGAGCAUAUGGAGCUGUUGGUCAAAGACAACGAGCAGCUGAAGGCUGAGGUGAAGGAGCUGCUCAACAGCUCAGCUCUUGCCACGUCAUCCAGAGACCAAGGCGAUGGGGUGGAGAGCCAGUCACUGCAAGAGAGCCCAGAGAAGUCCUCCCCCAUAGUUAUCCCAGAAGACUUUGAGAGCCAGAAGGAGAUGGAGGAGUUUCUCCGUGGAGCUUUGGCUCAGCUGGAGCUGGAGAGGGACGAGGCCAGACGGCAACUUGAGGAGGAGCACCGGCUUCACAUGGCAGCGCGGCACCAAGCCGCUGUGGCCUUCAGCCUGGAGCCCCAACACCACAGCCACAAAUCUGUUCACGACCAUCAUCACGAGCACGAUCACAGUCAGGGCCAACAUAGUCACUGUGAACACAGUCACGAGCAUUCAGAAGGAGGAGUGCCGGUGGAAGUUCACCAGGCCCUGCAAGCUGCCAUGGAGAAGCUUCAGCAGCGAUUCACGUCCCUGAUGAGAGAGAAAGCUGACCUGAAGGAGAGGGUGGAGGAGCUGGAGCACCGCUGCAUUCAGCUGUCUGGAGAGACUGACACUAUAGGGGAGUACAUAGCCCUGUACCAGAGUCAGCGGGCCAUCAUGAAGCAGAAACACCAGGAGAAGGAGCACUACAUCAGCAUGCUGGCCCAGGACAAGGAGGAGAUGAAAGCGAAGCUGGCAGAGCUGCAGGAUCUGGUGAUGAGGCUGGUGGCUGAGAGGAAUGACUGGUACAGCCGCUACACCGGAACCUUAGCCAGCACAGGCACAGUGAACCCUGACCUGCUUCCUGUUAGGGAGGAUCACACUCACCCGGAGCACCAAGCACACACACACACAAAGCUUAAUGCUGUCAGCGGAGCAGAAGCCAUGGAAGUCAUUCCUCUGUCAGAACCCACUACAACCCUGGAAGCCCCGUCGUCCCAGAUGCUGUUGAGUGGGUCAGCCCAGACAGACUCCAAGGCCCCGGGGCCCAAAGAGGACGGCACAGCCCAGCAGAUCAUGCAGCUGCUCCACGACAUCCAGAACCCACAGGGGGCGCCAAGAUCACCCCCCUUCCUCGGGGAGAACCCCUGCAUCCCCUUCUUCUACCGGCCUGACGAACAGGAUGAAGUCAAAAUCCUGGUUGUGUGAGAGCUGUGUGUGUGUGUGUGUGUGUGUGUGUGUGUGUGUGUGUGUGUGUGUGUGUGUGUGUGUGUGUGUGUGUGUGUGUGUGUGUGUGUGUGUGUGUGUGUGUGUGUGUGUGUGUGUGUGUGUGUGUGUGUGUGUGUGUGUGUGUGUGUGUGUCUGUGUGUGUGUGUGUGUGUGUGUCUGUGUGUGUGUCUGUGUGAGAAUUGGAUGUGUUAAAGUCUAGGGCAUAUUAAACACCGCAGUAUACCAUGUUCGUAGCUUGUUGAUCAUAUCCACUUGUCACUGAUAUGUGAGCGUCUUUGACCCAGUUACAUAAAAAUGCCCUCUCUCUGUGUGUUGGCAGUAAUGUGUGUGCAUGGUUAAAUAGAGAGUAUUUUCAGUUUUUUUUUUUUUUUUUCUAUGAUGCUCUUCCCAGAGAGAACCAGUAUUCCUUAACGCAAUCUGAUUAUUCUCCAUACCACCAUUUUUCAUCCCUAUCCCCCCUCUCGUCUCUCAUUUUACACAUAAGUGCAAUAAAGGGGCCUUAUAUUCUGUCCCCUUGCUGAUACAGUACUUAAAGAGAUGUCGAAAAUGAUUAGCCUUGUGUGCAACUUCAUUUUAGUGCACAUCUCAGUUAUACAUAAUUCACUGUACAAAUGCCAAAAAUGAGCAUCACGUUUGAAUGUAAUAAUGCGAAUAUUUACCCGUAUGUUUGCGUAAUGUGAGGAGAAUUGAUGAUGGUGAAAGGGUGCAUGAGGAGAAGAGAUACAGAUUGAGAUGUCAGUUAAAGUCCAAGAAAGUCACUGAGUGCACAUAAUAGCUUUUGAACUGUAGGCGCUGUUAUGAUUUCAAAGUCAAGCUCUCUAGUUGCAUGAUGAGGUUCAGAAAGAUGGAGGCAGGUGUCGCAGCUUGGUACUGUUCCUAAAACAACCUUUUCUCUACCUUUUGUCUUUAUCCUCCAAACACUGAAAAUAAGUCUUGUUAAAUGUUGCGAUAUGUUAAUAUGUGAAACAUUUGUAUUGUGAUGUCAAACAUCCUGUUAGACUGAGAGAAUUCCCCAUCGUUAUGAAAGGGUGAUUUCUAAAGUUAUUGAGGGGAUCGAUGCAAUUUAAAGACCCCAUGAAGAAAAAAAAAACACAUUUUAGUCAAAGAGAUUAAGGCAUUAUUUUUUAGUGUAAUUCAGAUAAAUAAUAGAGCUUGGGGUGCUGUGCUUCAGGUUGCUUUCCACAUUAUUGUUUUUUGCAAGUUCUACUUUUUCUUUGUCAGUAGCAUGAUAGAUACUAAGGUGCGAUGGCUAGAGGAAGUUACAGGAAAAAUGGUGUUGAAAUCUCUUUAUCUGCACUCAUAAUUCAUGGCCUCAUCUCAAAUGUCUACACACUUUUUUUUUCUUCCCCUCAUCAAAGCUGCUCAUCCAUAACUGAGUCCUAACUUCAAUUUUAUGGGGUCUUCAAGUUUCUAAACAAAUUGACACUAUUGAGUAGAGCCUGUUCUUUCCUGUUACAUGUGCUUAUAGUUCGACAUAUCAGAGGAGAAUUAAUGCACAUCCUUUACAACUGGACUGUGUGAGUGUACAUCACGUACGCAUGUGUUUCCUCUUCUGCCGAAGUUGUAUUUUUUGUAGAGUUCUAUCAGAUUAUAUAAGAAUGAUUGCACUAAAACUGUACAAAGCUUCUCAUUCAGCUCUGUCCUCUGUGGCUGGUUGGACAGUGACGUUUCUAAUGAAACUUGCUUAAUCCUGUUGAAGAAAAAGGGAAUCCUAUGAAGCCACACUCUUUAAGCUGAGGGUUCUGUGUGUGUGUGUGUGUGUGUGUGUGUGUGUGUGUGUGUGUGUGUGUGUGUGUGUGUGUGUGUGUGUGUGUGUGUGUGUGUGUGUGUGUGUGUGUGUGUGUGUGUGUGUGUGUGUGUGUGUGUGUGUGUGUGUGUGUGUGUGUGUGUGUGUGUGUGUGUGUGUGUGUGUGUGUUGCACUCGCAGGAUGAAUUGUAAAUAUGAAUAGGUGACAUUAAUGAGAUUGCUCAGUUCAAAAGGUCGUGAUGUUAUUCCCAAAAGUGUGGACCAAUCAGAAUUUGAGAAAAUGAACAACUCUUUUCAAAACUACACACAUUACUGUUCAUAUUAAUUUAGUAACUUGCAUUGGCAACACUCCUAUGGGCAUUGGAAACAAGAAAUUAGGUAGGAUCCCAACAUUGAGAUCCUACCAAAUUCCUUGUUUACUUUUUCUUAAACUUAAGACAUCGCAGGUGUCUAGCCUUGAGGGAGAUGCUCAUAUUCACAAAUGUAGAUUGGAGGGUGGAUUAAUUGAUCAACAAUGAUCUCUUUCCUUUUGUAACUAAAAACCAUAGCUCUCACAGCUAUUUUUUCCCCCCCAUUUCAGAUGAAGUUAUGGCAGAGGCCUUUUGGUUUUUAAGAGUCUUUCCAUGAUUUUAAUAUGCAAAGACAUGAGGGUCUCACUGCGAGUCAUACAAAAAUCCUACAGACUACUUUUGGAGGUAUUUUAACCUUCUCAUUUGGAUGUCAUUGAAUUUUAAGAUCCUCUCUGUUGUGUUUACUUUAAGGUAGCACACAUUUGUAAGUUAUUAUUGCACACUUGAUAUUUAUCACUAACUGCAACAGGACAGAAAGCAAUAGUGCAAAUGUUGGUAUUUUAAGCAAAAUAAAUAAAAAAGUAAUAUGUGGGGGCCAUAUAUACUUGGUGUUUUUUACAGGCAAAGUAAACAGCGCUGUGUUCACCCUAAACCACAGCACCUUGUUAGGAACCGGUAGUUUUUGAAUACAUUUACCUAAUCAUUCUUGAUUUUAAAAAUUCCUCGCUUCUUAGCAUUCUGUCACUUUUUGGUUUCCUUUGAAACAUGCCACAAAAUAUGAUUUGAUUAUAUUUUUCAUUAAUUUUGUUUCUUUUGUCAGACGAAGAGGUAAAUAUACAAUAAAAUCAUUUUAUUGUUUCGGGGCUUGUAAAAUAACAAGACAAUAUGGAUACAAUUACUUCCCACACUCUAAUUCACUGUUAAAUAUGUUAUGUGUGAUUGAAACAAAUAGCAAGGAACCAUUUAUUGUCUUUACUGUAAAUGAGGUGGUGUAUAUACUGUAACUGUGUAACAUAUUGUAUAUUCAUUAUGCCUGGUGUGUGGGGGAAAGCUGCUCUGCCAUGUUUACUGGCAGUGUGGACUGUGUGUCUGAAAGUGAGCUCAGAGUCAAGGCCUUGGCGGUUACUGACUGGCUGAUUUAAUACAAAGAUUGACUAAAAAAGCGAAAAUGUUCUAUUUAUUUGGAAUAAGUUAGUAUCUCAACUAAUCAGUUUUAAUGUAAAAUAGAAGCGACGGAUGGAAAUGAAGGAUCAUUCAGAGAACUGAUUUGUUCGAGGGCUGCUUCUGACAGAAGCUUUCUGAAUAGUUUUUCCUUGAGUAAUAUUUUCUCCCUUUCUCCUGAAUAAAACUGAUUGAGCAACUUGAA